AGCCACCCAACUUGGAAUCGGCUGUAAACUAAAAAUUGUCCGUGUUAAUUACUUCAUACACUCGUUCCAAAAUCGAGGGCCAAGUACAGUAUCUUUAACCAGUUUUUGGGUGUUAAUAUGAAGUAUUUUUCUUCAAUCUCUCUCUGUUGUUGUUGUUGUUGUUGUUAUUACUACCUUAAACUAGGAUUUGAUAGAUCUUGUCUCUUGUACUGAAUUCAAGCGUUUCAAGAAUAAAGUUCCUUUACACGGGGCUCCACAACUAGCGAGCAGAAUCCAAUGAAGAAGACCCAUUCGAAGCGAUAAGGAUCAGGUAUUUUGUGCAUGAUCACUGCCAAACUGAGUUAGCGUUCCUGCAACUUGAAUCUCCGCAUCAAGUGAAGAUAUUUCUUGCUCAAGUGAUCAUAUCUUCUAGCAAGCGAGGAAUUGCCACAGUACUUCUUGCAAAUUCCCAGUGCUCGCAAGACAAGUACCAGUCUAUGAAGCAGUGCCAGUCUGCUUGGAUGUCUCAUUGGACGCAAACUAGUUGCAGGAAAGAAAAUGAAGCUCCAAAGCGAUUAGGUGAUGAUUCUGGGGAAGUCAGUCAUGGUAGAAAACAUCAUCAGUCACUUAGUGGGCCGGAGAUGGAGACAUGUAGUUCUAAACUUGUCGGGGGGCUUGGAGAAUUAAUUGAGGGGAAAGGGAUCGACUUCAUGAAAGAUAACCGUACUAUGAGUUCAAAAAAACUGAGGAAUGAGGUGUUUGAGGGCCAGUCUUCUUUUCCGGUGUUCAAACCUUCUCAAGAUAGGGAUAGUGUUUUAUCUCUGAAGAAUGGUGUUUCUCUUGGUAGAACUGUUGAUUAUUUAUCCUUAAUGCCCGGACAGGCUCCUCCUGAGGUAGAAAUUCAGAGAAGAAAACCCCAGUUUCAGACAGAAGAUAUCAACUUGGCUCCAGAGAAGCAGGUGAAGUCUAAUAGUUUGCUAGAAAGGAGUAGCAGAGUCGUUUCGACACCUAUUCAGGAUGAUUUUGUAAGGUCGACUGCAGUUACUGUGCCGUGUGAGUUUGAAGGCAGAAGGGCUCCAAUUCAGUCCGUUUUCUAUGGGCUUGAUCACAUUAAUGAACCAGGCUGUGCGUCUUUGGUUCAUAAGAAGAAAAUGAAUAAAAAUGAUGGUCUUCUCUUUUGUGAUCCCUCAACAAGCAAUAAUCAGCUAAGAGAUUUUUUCGGUAAGUCAUUUCGGACGGUGCCAAAUCAUUCUGAUUUUGAAUUGUUUUCUAGCCAGAUCAGUCCCAGAGAUAAUAUCAAAUUAGAAAAAUUGUAUCAUGGAUCUUAUGCACUACCAAGUCUUCCCUCUGUUCAUGAUGUGGGGACUAUGAGAAUGCGUGCUACAAUAGACUCCAUAGAAGAAUUUUCUAGAGGUCCUCCGAAGUUUACCCAGACCACUCACCGCUUUUUCAUCACAAAAAAGACUGACGUAAACUUACCUGAUGGUGCCCAGAUGUUUAGAGAGUCAGCAACAUCCACUGAAUUUAAGGGGAAAAUGGUGACUGAACUCCUUGCUUUGUCUCCGGAUUUUGGCUUCCAUGUCAAGCAAGGAGAGCAGAUGCAUCCUCUGGGAAGCUCCACAGAGAGUGAAGGAAAAGAAAACACUGGGAAUGUCAAGGCUUCUGCAGUUGUUAAAGAGAAUGAUUCAUCAGCUGAUGGAAUAGAAAACACUGAGAAUGUCAAGACUUCUGCAGUCGAUGAAGAGAAUGAUUCAUCAGCUGAAACUGAUGCCAUGGAUAUUCACGCUUUCUGUGAGAAUCAUAUAUCUGGUGUGGCAUCGUUGCAAUCACAUAAGGACAUCAGCGAGGGCCAAAAGUCAACAGCUUCUCAAGCUGGAGUGCCUCCAGUCAGACAAGAAACCAAGGGCAGACAGAUGAACACCGAAUUACCUGAUAUUAAGCAACAACUUCCUGUACUUCCAGGCAUGGCAAGGUCACCAGAUGACAUGGAGACAAGCACCUCAAGAACCCAGAGUUUGGAUGUGGAAUGCUUCCUUCCCCAUCUUGAGCAUUCUACAAAUUCAAAAUCCAGUGAUUGCCAUAACGCUCCAUCGAGAUUGGACCCAUACAGCAGAUGGGUUAAACGUCUCAAACCAAGUGCUUCAGAUUCUUUUGGUUAUGGUACUAAAAGUUCAAAAGUUGAAGAAGCAUCAUCCCGUCGGAAAUUUAAUAAGUUGAUCAGCAAAAUGCCAAGACAUAGGAAAAGUAUUUCAGAACCAAAGAAAAGCAAGUCUUGUGGUAAAGAGCAGGCGGUGACAGAUCAGACUGCAGAGUCACCUAGGAACGCUAAAUCCUAUUCCACUUACUCGGCAAGGAAAAGUCAAGAAAUAACACUCUCUCAUGCUUGGGUUCAGAGGUGGUGUCAUAAGCCAUCUGCAUCUCCAAAAAAGAAGCCCAAGGCUGUGGUAGUUUCUGAGCCAGAAUGUUCAGUGGCAACACUAGACUACCAGAAGAAGCAGUUUGCUAGCAUUGCUGCUAUGGCUCUGAUGGGGAAGGCCAUGAAUGGUUUUCGUCCAUGUGAAUUCAGAAAACGGGGGUCUUCUGUCAUCUGGAAUACCAGGGGGUUCAGAGAUGAGCUUUCCUGAGAAAAUGCUAGGAUUGAAGAGCAAGAUAGGCAGCCACAGGAUGUGCCGGUUAUCCUAGCAGUUGACAUUAGUGCAACAAGUUAAAAUCUUUAUGCAUCAAUCCUCCAUCAGAUCAGUAGACUGGAGAUGGAGUCUGUAGAGCCUGAAUGUUGCUUUGUUAUGUAUCCUGCCUGAAUUUGUUUACAUUUCCUGCUUUCCACCUAUGAUCAGAUAAGGCAUUGUGGAUGGAUCUUAUGUGAGAUUUGGAAGAGGCCUUGUUUCUUCAA